UCCUCUAGUUCCUCUCCGAGUUCUGCUAUGGAGAAGUCUGGGGUUAGUGGGAAAGUGUGGAGUCUGUGUGCCUGGCUUUUUGUGUUGCUGGAUGUGGCUCUAGCCCAGAAUCAGAAAUGUCUGGUGAGCGAUAAUGACAAGGUGGUGUGUGGAGACCCGACCGUCACGAGAGCCGACUGUGAAGCAGGAAACUGUUGCUUUGAUCAGACAAGCCAGAGGCGCUGCUACUAUGGGAAUGAUGUGACUGUGCAGUGCACCAGGGAUGGUCAGUUUGUGGUUGUGGUGUCCAGGAAUGCCACCAUGUUCAAGUUCCCAGUCAGUGCCUGUGGCACCAGGAUGAGGGUGGAGGCUGGUGCUGUAGUGUAUGAGAACCUGAUGAACUCCAGCUUCGAGGUGAGGUCGGGACCUGAUGGCUCCAUCACGAGGGACAGUGCCUACAGGCUGUUCUUCCAGUGCAGGUAUGCAGAUGAUGAGCUGGUUCCUCUGCAGGCAGUGGUCUAUACGGUCUCUCCACCCCCUCCAGCAGUGUCCCCAGGACCCCUCCGUGUGGAGCUCCAACUGGCAAGAGGAGAGCAGUAUGACUCCUACUACAGUGAGGGUGACUACCCUGUGACCAAGGUCCUGCAGGAUCCUGUGUAUGUGGAGGUUCACAUCUUGCAGAGGACGGAUCCCAAUAUUGUCCUGACGCUGGGAGACUGCUGGGCCACUUCCACCCCAAGCCCUCUGAGCCAGCCCCAGUGGAGCCUCCUGGUUGCUGGGUGCCCAUACAGAGACGACGACUACCAGACCACUCUGAUCCCUGUGGGCGGCUCCUCAGGGCUGCUGUACCCAACGCACUACCAGCGCUUCAUGGUCCGGAUGUUCACUUUUGUGGACCCUGCCUCCCAGCUCCCCCUGAAGGAGACGGUCUACAUCCACUGCAGUGCAGCAGUGUGCCAGCCGACUGCUACUGACCGCUGUGUCCCAACCUGCAGCAGGAGGAGAAGGGCAGCUGCUGCAGCACGCGGGGGCUCCUCCAAAGACACUGCAGUGGUCUCUAGUGGAGAAGUGAUCCUGACUGCCUCUGAGCUCCCAGCCCAGGGUGAAGCGCAUCGGCUCUGGUCCGAAGUGCCCCAGGUCUUCAGCUAUGGCUUGCUGGCAGUAGCUGCCUCCACUGUGCUUGUGGUCUCUGCGCUGCUGCUGGUAGCUGGGUGGAGAUUCAGACCUUGUACACAGAACAAAGCUGUAACUGGAGCAUAAUAAAGGGAGAAGUGAA